AUGACCUCCCACCGCGCCGACGCCAGCACCUUCCUCGACAACCGGGGCUACAGCGGCCCCCUAGUACGCGGCGUGAACCCAGCGACCCUCUUCGAAAAAGCCGUUCGGGACCGGAUCACCGACUCCUACUACUGGAAAGAGCAAUGUUUCGGGCUCAACGCGGCGACACUCUGCGACCGGGCCGUGGAACUGACCUGCAUCGGAGGCGUCUACGGCGUAUCCGAAAAGCCCUCCCCAUUCCUCUGUCUCGCAUUCAAGCUCCUCCAACUCAACCCAGAACGAGACAUUAUCCUCGAGUAUUUGAAUUUCAGCGAUCCCGACAACGAACCCACGAAUGAUGAAUCCUACGAGGAGGGUAACGGGGUAGUCAAAGCGCGCGGCGACUUCAAGUACCUGCGCGCGCUAGCGGCGUUCUACGUCCGAUUGACGUUCGAGCCGGUGGAGGUGUACAAGACGUUGGAACCGUUGUUGUUGGAUUAUCGGAAGUUGAAGAGACGGGUGCGGGAUUCGUUUACGUUGACGUAUAUGGAUCAGUUUGUGGAUGAGUUGUUGACCAAGGAGAGAGUUUGUGGUACGAGUUUGUGGAAGUUGCCUGCUAGGCAGGUUUUGGAGGAUUUGGAUUUGUUGGAGGUUAGGGUUAGUCCGUUGCAGGAUGAGUUGGAGGAGAUGGAGAGGAGUGAUCGGGAGGAGGAUGAGGAUGAGGAUGGUGGUCGUGAUGAUGAGGGGAGUGAGGAGGGGGAGAGGCAGGGUGAUGAUUGA